CUGGCUGAGAGACGAGGUGGAAAGACAAGAAAGAGAAAAUGAUCUGGAGGUGGAGGGAUGCUAGAAAAGACAAACACGUAGCUUCUAUUUAUAGCUGCGAGGUUGCUGUCUGUGUGCAGGAGGCCGUAACUGUACAGCUGUGAGGGGACGUGAGGGAGGAACCCAGUGCUUGUCCGCUGCCUGUGCUGCUGCAGGAGGAGACGCGAGGGGUCUGAGACGGCGCUUCUGGUGCGAGGCUCAGCCACACAUCCCUGGAGGAGCAGCAGGUCGGGUCUCCAUCCAUCUCCAUCCAUCCAUCUGCUGCUCCAUUUACAGAUCAGAGCCAGAAGAACUCGGCUUAGAACCUCCUGGAGGGUUCUGUGUAGCGUGUGAGCUGACGGCGCCGUUUAGGGGAAGCAUCUGUACAGACGGGUGGAGGUCCACAUCAGCAGGGAGCUCCAAGCAUCUGUACAGACGGGUGGAGGUCCACAUCAGCAGGGAGCUCCACCUCUGCUCCUCUGUCUCAUCCUGAGCUCUGAGUCACUUCAGGAUUAGCUCCAAGUCGGAGCUGCUGGUCCUCAGGAGGCGUGUGUGGGCGGAGGACGGGUGGUGCUGGCUAAUCCUGUGCUUGGCAGCUGGAGACUCCCCUGAAGCUUAAACAUGUCCUCACGGCACAUCAUUCACCAGAGGAUGGAACCCCCACGCGUCCACACAGACUCACACCAGCAGAAGCCUCACUGCACUCACGACCCGGCCCGACCCGGCCCGACCCGACCCAACUCGGCCCGGCCCGGUCGAUGCCGCUCGGCUCCCUGCAGCUGUGAAAAGGCCUCAGACGCCUGACGCGUUCAGUCCCGCGUCUGAAACCACAACAAGCGGCUCCAGAGACUCGGUUCACGGCCUUCGUGUAAUGAAACCUCGGCAGCAUCUGGUGUGAAAGAGGCAAAUCCUGUGUUCAGUGAUUGCUUCUCCAGCGUUUCUUCAGGAAUUAAUGGCACAGCAGCACGUUUCACUGCUGCCUCUGAACUCGGCCGUGCUGCAUGUGAAAUUAAUCAGCGAGGUUGCAGCUCGUGCUGUAAUAGAAGCCUUUCAGAGCCACAUCUGCUGCAGGGAUCAGAGGCCACCGUUUAAUAGCACCACAAGUAAUUGGAUAAGCGUCCGUAGCAAAGCAAAUCAUUCGCAGUCAGACUGUGGAUCGGAUCAGCGCCGCCUGUUCCUCCACUUCCUCCUGGUCCGACCUGGAAGCAGAGAAUCAGCGGCGGAGGCGUGAACCAGGGCGGAGCUGCAGCUCAGGGGCGUUGGUGGAGACCAGACUGUGGCUUUAACUGGAAGCUGAGGCUCCACAGCCUCCGCGAACGCACCUGAAGCCUCGCUCUUCACUGGAACCUUCUGCCUCAGUGUCGCAGUGAGGGAACGUCAGCGUGACUUUGCAGACCACGCAGAGUCCCUGCAUGAACCCUUUGACUGGACGCUUUGUUCCUGCUGGAAUAAGCUGCUCAGGCGCGGCUCCGUCGACAGACGGAGACGAGAGAAGAGAAGAGAAGCUGACGAAGCUGACUGGUGAGAACGAGACCACAUCAAAAUGGUGAAGAUUGGGAUCAACGGAUUCGGGCGCAUCGGUCGCCUGGUGACGCGCGCCGCUGCCAUCGGGGGCGAAGUGGAGGUGGUGGCCAUCAACGACCCCUUCAUCGACCUGGACCACAUGGUCUACAUGUUCAAACACGACUCCACUCACGGGACGUGGGCGCACGGGGACGUGAGCGCGGGCGCUGGCAAGCUGCUGAUCGGCAGCAUGAGCAUCGCGGUGUCCCACGAGAGGGACCCCGCCCGCAUCCAGUGGAGCGCCGCCGGCGUGGACUACGUGGUGGAGUCCACGGGCGUCUUCACCACCAUCGAGAAGGCGUCCGCUCAUCUGAAGGGUGGCGCUAAGAGGGUGGUGAUCUCUGCUCCCAGCGCCGACGCCCCCAUGUUCGUCAUGGGCGUCAACCACGAGAAGUACGACCGCUCCAUGAAGGUGGUCAGCAACGCCUCCUGCACGACCAACUGCCUGGCUCCUCUGGCCAAGGUGGUCAACGACAGCUUCGGCAUCGUGGAGGGUCUCAUGAGCACGGUGCACUCGGUCACCGCCACGCAGAAGACCGUCGACGGCCCCUCGGGCAAAAUGUGGAGGGACGGGCGCGGCGCCGCUCAGAACAUCAUCCCCGCCUCCACCGGCGCCGCCAAGGCUGUGGGGAAGGUGGUCCCUGAGCUCAACGGCAAACUGACCGGCAUGGCGUUUCGCGUCCCCACUCCCAACGUGUCCGUGGUCGACCUGACGGUCCGUCUGGCGACGCCUGCAAAAUAUGACGACAUCAAGAAGGUUGUGAAGGCGGCUGCUGAGGGCCCCAUGAAGGGGAUCCUGGGCUACACGGAGGACCAGGUUGUUUCCACGGACUUCAACGGCGACACUCACUCGUCCAUCUUUGAUGCUGGCGCCGGCAUCGCGCUCAACGACCACUUUGUGAAGCUGGUUUCAUGGUACGACAACGAGUUCGGCUACAGUAACCGUGUGUGUGACCUGGUGCAACACAUGUUCUCCAAGGAGUAAAGCCUCUGUCCGGACCGGUUUGUUCUCCAUCUGCAACCGGAUGUCGCUGCUGUGUCUUAUGACGUCACACGUGAGGCUGCAGAGAAGCCUCAUUACCUGGACACUGCACUGAACGUCCCUCUCACGAUGACAAUAAAGUCCUCAACUUGUCCAAA